AUGUCGCGUUCAAAAUCCAUUCGGGCCCCCACCACCGCCAGCCUCCCCAAUGAUCUCCGCAUCCCGUCCACCACCCCGUCGCUCGUGAGAUCCCUAGGAAAGCUCACCCGUCAAUCGCUGCUGGACCUGGCUUUCUACUGGCUCGAGGAUCGCAACUGGCAAACGUUUCCGCCAUAUCUUUUCGAGGACGAGCGCAACAACCCCGACGACGAAGAGCUCAGUCCCUAUCCCGCCGAACACACCAUCGACGAUGUCCGGAACGCCUACCAGGAGCUGCAGAUGCGCAAAGGCGGGAAGCGCGAAGUCAUUGACCGCAUCCUCGAGGGCGACUGGCGCCACGGGAUUACCCUGCGCCAGCUCGCCAUGAUCGACCUCCGGUAUCUAGACGACCACUCGUCCAGCCUGCGCUGGACCGCGCUGGAGCUGAGUCGCAUUAGCGGUGGACCAUCCGGUCUGACAGAUGCUGAUACCGCCGCCUGCAUUCCGCGCGUGCAUGCGUCGACCUUUCUCAGCAAACUCCAGCAACAGAUCGCUCCCCUGGUGAAAUCGCAUUACUACCUGGCGCGCUCGAAGACCCUGCCGGUGACCUUCCUGCGCAUUUUCGUGACAAACUCGCCAUACCAGAACCCGCGACAAGCGCCCGACUCCCUAACAGAUGCGUCCAAAGUCAUCUACGUCGCCUUCCCCGACAGCUGUCCCUUCAUCUACACCUCCAUCUCGUCGUCCGGUCCGUCCAAACCCGCCACGGAUGUCGUCGCGACCGACUCGCGCACUCUGCAGCGUAUCGUGCGCGACGCCAUCCCCAAAGCGCUCUCACUCCCGCACCAGCGAUACACCCUCAAAGCAACCUCCCUCACCGCAAAGAGCCUCAGGACACUGUUGAAGCUGCGCGGUCCCGGACGGUCCAACGGCGCCAACGGCGCCUUCAGCAUCUUCGCCGACGCCGUGGUCGAAGGAAGCCCACUCGAUCCGCGACCAUCCAACACCGUGUCGCCGGAGGAAUACCUGACUCAGAUCCAGGAUCCAGAGAAGGAGAACCUUACCCAACCGGAGGACGAUACCCAGGAUCCAUCGACGGCGAAGAAAUCCAGACGCCGCGAGCCAGACUACCAUGUACCCAAGAAGCGCAAGCUCACGAUACAGUCGCGGUUCGGCACCGCCGGGUCUCCGCUCGUUUCUGCGCCCUUGGACCGUCUUGAUGUCCGGCUCUUGGACGCUCCGGAUGACAAGCCGGACGACGACGAUGUCGGACAGACGCAACCUGCGCUGUCCCUCACCUUUGCGGGAUCAGAUAUUAUCAGCGGGAUUCGACGGCUCGCGGAGCUAGGGGUCGUCGAUCCCGAACGGAUGCCUUCGUGGAUGACGGGUGAAGAGGCCGUCAGUGUUGCCGUCGUCCGCGACGGGAACCGUGUAGUCAAAGACAGUGGAUGA